UUUUUUCUCGUUAAUUGCAUCUAUAAAAUGGCGCCCCAUUUACCUUUUCCCUAGACCAUUCAUUUGCUUCUUGAAUUUCAGAUACCAUUCUUCUUCAAUCAAUCAAUCUCAAGUUUCCCUUGAAAUUUAUUCUGUAAUUCGCCGCAGAAAUCGAAGAUAAGCCCGACUGAUGCGUAAAAUUCUUGAAUCUUAUCCACUUUCCACUGAUUUGAUUUCUCUGGUUUGUUAUUGUUCUGAUUCAUUGUUUUGAACAUGAUUGCUCUGCUUGAUAAUUCGACGAUGAAGGCUUCUUCUAGACUUCUAAUUAGUUGUAGGAAUUCAGGGUUCUUUGGGUUCUCGCGUGUAAAAUCCCCUUAUACUUUGCCCCACAAUUCUUGUUUGAACUUUAGCUUCAAGUUUCAUUCUAAUAGCCAGUAUACUUCUCACCCUUUUCAUUUCUCGGGGUCUCAACGGUUUUUGGAAGGGACCCAGAAUUUUUCUGUGGCUAGAUUGAGUUAUGGCCAAUCUAGGGUAAUAACAAGGUCUUGUAGUUAUAGUAUUUUUCCUAAAACCAAAAGGGAUGUGUCUAUAAUUGCUAGAAUUGCAUCAAAAGUUCGUGAUCUUUCGACAUCGAUUGAAACCCGUGUGAAUGACAAUAACUUUGAAAGGAUAUAUGUUCAAGGUGGUUUGAAUGCGAAGCCUUUGGUUGUUGAAAAGAUUGACAAGGAUGAGAAUAUUGUAGGAGAAGAAGAUUCUAGAAUAGAAGUUGGUAGUGAACAUGUAAAUGAGGAAAACUUAGAGGAUUUGAAUAAAGCUAAGGUUAUUAGUUCAAAGAGAGAGGAGUCUGAUAUUGAGAAAGAGGCCUGGAGAUUGUUACGUGAGGCUGUUGUGACAUAUUGUGGAAGUCCGGUUGGGACUAUGGCUGCAAAUGACCCGGCUGAUAAGCAACCGUUGAAUUAUGAUCAGGUCUUCAUUCGAGAUUUCGUUCCUUCUGCCCUUGCAUUCCUGCUGAACGGUGAAGGGGAGAUUGUGAGGAACUUUCUCCUUCAUACCUUACAGUUACAGAGCUGGGAGAAAACAGUUGAUUGUUAUAGCCCAGGACAGGGCUUGAUGCCAGCAAGCUUCAAAGUCAGAACUGUUCCCCUUGAUGGCAAUAAUUUUGAGGAAGUUUUAGAUCCAGACUUUGGUGAAUCAGCUAUAGGUCGUGUCGCACCAGUAGAUUCAGGAUUGUGGUGGAUCAUUCUUUUAAGGGCGUAUGGAAAAAUUACCGGGGACUAUGCUCUACAAGAAAGGGUGGACGUCCAAACAGGGUUGAAAAUGAUACUUAACCUUUGUCUAACAGAUGGGUUUGAUAUGUUUCCUUCGCUGUUGGUUACCGAUGGUUCCUGCAUGAUUGAUCGUCGAAUGGGCAUUCAUGGCCAUCCCCUUGAGAUCCAAGCCUUAUUUUAUUCAGCUUUAAGGUGCUCCCGUGAAAUUCUCACUGUGAAUGAUGGGUCCAAGAACUUGGUGAGGGCCAUUAACAACCGACUCAGUGCAUUAUCAUUCCAUAUCAGAGAAUAUUAUUGGGUUGAUAUGAAGAAGAUCAACGAGAUCUAUCGCUAUAAGACAGAAGAAUAUUCCAUGGAUGCUACAAACAAAUUCAACAUCUAUCCCGACCAAAUUCCUCAGUGGCUAAUGGACUGGGUACCAGAGGAAGGAGGUUAUUUGAUAGGCAAUCUCCAACCAGCUCAUAUGGAUUUUAGAUUUUUUACACUUGGAAACCUUUGGGCGAUUGUUUCAUCUUUGGGUACACCAAAGCAAAAUGAAGCUAUUCUAAAUCUGAUUGAAGCUAAAUGGAGUGAUCUUGUGGGUCAUAUGCCUCUUAAAAUAUGUUACCCUGCUUUGGAGUAUGAGGAAUGGCGCAUAAUUACUGGCAGCGACCCCAAAAAUACUCCAUGGUCAUAUCAUAAUGGCGGAUCCUGGCCGACACUUCUUUGGCAGUUCACAUUGGCAUGCAUCAAGAUGGGCAAACUUGAAAUGGCCAAGAAAGCAGUUGCUGUGGCUGAGAAGAGGAUUUCAGCCGAUCGCUGGCCUGAAUAUUACGACACUCGAACAGGGAAAUUCAUUGGAAAGCAAUCCCGGCUCUAUCAAACAUGGACAAUUGCUGGGUUCCUAACAUCAAAAAUGCUGGUUGAAAAUCCAGAGCUUGCAUUGUCUUUGUUCUGGGAAGAGGAUUACGAGCUACUUGAGAUAUGCGUUUGUGCACUUAGCAAGUCAGGCAGGAAGAAGUGCUCCCGUGGUGCUGCUCGGUCACAGAUCCUUGUUUAAGGUAACUCCAUUCUUUCAAGAAUGAGGAUGCCUUUAUACUUUACUGUACAGCUAUAAGUCAAUAGGUUAGAGCAAUUAAAUUAAAAAGUUAGUUCAUAGUUCUAAAGGAUAGCAGAAAGCCUGUUUGUUUUGCAAGCAUACUGCACACUAUGCUAAUUCUGUCAGCCAAUUUAUUAUAGUUGAUUGGCAAUAGAUUUUUUUUAGAACUGAGAGAUCCUGAAUAUUGAUCUGUGGGCUCUCCUUGAACAUCUUAUAUGUAAAUUAUUUGACAGUAAUACAUUCCCAUUCAUUAAA